AUGGAAAUUUUCAAGAGUCGCAACAUUAUGAAACGAAAGAGGUCUAAUACUCCCAAGAUGAAAAGAAGAGUGUGUGGCCUUCACUUAAUGGACUUCACUAGUGAUGAAUAUGAAGCAGCCGAUGGUCUUGUUUUAUUGCAAACACUAUUCCAAAAGAAGAACAUUGUUAGAAGAUUGAAAAUCACUUUUGGAGGCAAAAGGAUUUGUGGAAAAACCUACGACAACAAUGUUCAUUCGGUCGUUUCCAAAAAUAAGGUAUGUUCAUCGCCACAAAUUAUUAUUCCUAAUGUUGUUAUGGGAAAUGAAUGCAACCCUCUAAAUAUACCAACGAUUCCUGGCGUGCCGAGCAAUAAUAUUCUUGGAUGUAGCAAACCUUUUGAGAAGAAACUAUCAACUAGUGAUUUGAGGGUGGAUCUAAAUAGACUGUUUUUGGAAAAGGGCCAUGUGGAAAAAUAUUUUUUACCCUUGUUGAAAGAAAGCGAAGAUCUUGAAGAAGGAAUCGAUGUGGUUGUAUAUGACAUGCAAGGCCAAAUGUUCAACAUGAAGUUCAAGUUUUGGAGCGGAAAAUUUUAUGUCCUCAAUGGAGGGUGGAAGACUUUCUUCAAAUCGCAUUCUUUCUUAGCAAAUCAAGAUCAUAUUAAAGUGUGGAUGUUUCGUCAUUCCGAAACCGAUAACUUGUGUUUUGCUCUUAGUGUGAGAAGAGUGUAUGAGAAUUAG